UGUGUGUGUGUGAUUGUGUCAGAAAAAACUAAAUCAGAUAUCACCUGUCUGAAUGUGAUUGAGCGUGUAUGUGUGUGUGUUUGUCUCUUUGUGAUUGAGCGUGUGUGAGUGUGUGUGUUGCACAGAGUUAAUGACAGUCUUAAUUGGUGCAAGCAAAUAUCCCUCCCACUGCUCCUCUUUCUACAUCUACUAAUGGAAAAGCAACCACUCCCUGAAGACAGUUUGGAGAAACAGUGUAGGGAUGUGUUUGAUGAACAUAAGCAUGCACACACAAGCGCACAUAGACACACACAAACAUACACACACGCAAGCACAGACUUUUAUCUCCCCAAAAGAUGAAUACAUGAUACACACUCAACUUGCAUGCAUAACAACAUCUAUACACGUGCGUGGUGUGCGUCUUCAAACAUAUAAAAAGAGCUACAAGCUUAUGAAAAAACAUUGACUUCAGCAGCCAUUACAUGCAUAUAUAUGCAUCUUCCCAACUCAAGAAUACUAGCUCACCUUUUUAACUAAAAAGUGUCCGCUGACAGCGUCCACCAAGCUUAGGUGCUAGGUUUAUACAUGUGCCAUAACUCUAUACCUGCAUCUCUGUACCUUUUUCUUGCCUCCAAUGUAAUAUAAUUUUGAUGGAAAGUUUUGGAGAGAUUUGAGAUUUCAAGAGCUACUGUCGUGUUUUUCUGACUCAAUAAUAGACCAAUUACAGUUGAAGGACUGGUGUGUUAAAGGAGGCAUGUGGAUGAAGAAGAAAAGAAAAAGCUCCGACUUAUUUAUUAGAACCUUGUAGUUACCACAUGCAUGACACAUGCAAAUCUAUUUCUAAUUACAACAGCACUGCCCCUAUGGUCACUUUAGUGACCACUUUAGAGUUACUUUUACACAGUCCCAAAGUAAAAGUGUGAAUUAUUACUUUUGGGCCAUUUGUCACUCUUUUUUUGUCGCAAAUGCCUAUAAGCCAUAAAGAGAGAAAAAACGUCCCAGACCAGAUGUUAAUCCAGGAUGUUGUUAUAUGAUGUGUGCAGUCGCCUACUGCAAACACAUUCAAAAAUCUCAGGUUUCACUUUCAUGUUUACAAGCUGGCCUUUGGCUUCUGUCCCCGUGGAAGGCCUGUGGCGGCUGCAGCUGAGGCGACACAACAAUUACUAAAUCUGUCCAUGUACAGUUCACUGCCUUUUCCCACCCACAGCUCCUAGUGCCCAUCCGGCCAUCCCUGGAGGGGACAGCCUCUCCUGAGGUUUCCUCUAUUUUUGCCUUUUAUUUACAAUCUAGGUGUUAGUGUUUGCUUUGUUUUUAGUGGUUUUCUCCUUCCUCCGUCUUCAUAGAGAGCCGGGGCUGGGUUGGAAACUCUGGCUGUAAUGAGCCAUUGAGACGCUCUACACAAAACAACUUCAAACAAGUGGUGGAAGCACAAAGUAAUAAAUGUAACAAUAUCAUUAUGAAAAAAUCCUUUUUAAAGUAAAAGUAGCUUACUGCACUCAAAAUGUUCUCAAGCAAAAAUGCUAGAAGUAUUUACAGAGACAUGUGCAGAGGAAUCAUUCAACAUUUUGGGAAAUUAUUUGCUUUCUUGUCAGGAAUAAGAUUAAGGGGAAGCCAGCAGUUUAAUCUUAGUUUAGUACAUAACGCAUGGGUUGUCAAACUGUGAGGUAUGUCUCCCCGGGGAGGUAUGGGAGAGUUGAAGGGGAGGCUCAGAGUGAGAGAUGAGCGAAAUUGAGUCAAAAUUUUUUUCUCUUCCUCAGAGUCAUUACUCACACAAAUCUCAACACACAGACAUAAUACACACAUUUUAAAAUUCUGUGUGAUUUACACUACCGAAUGUUAGUGUUACCAUAUGACAUAUAUCUACUACUACUAUCUACUUAGAAGUCAUACAAAAAAUACACUCCAUGUACCUCUAGACAUUGGCUGAGAAUCAUCAUGUUUUUAAGUUGUCUGUAAUUCCAGUGGCUAUAUUGCAACAAGAACUGCUAAUAGCUGCUUUGGCCUGUUUGCCAAAAUGUAAACAAAUAGAGUUGUAGCCCGCACCUAACUGAUGCUAUGACAGCAUUAUACUUCCUGUUUACAUCUCCCGAAUGACAGUAACUGUACCGUACAAAAACUAAGAGAACAAUUAUUAGUAUUUUUCUUAUAAUCCUGGAACACUGACACCCUUCUCUUUCCAUUCAGGAGUCAGACUGUGAAAAGUCCUGUCUCAGCACAAAGAUGGGAAACAUCUGGUUUCACCCUGUCUAAAGUUUAAAGAGUCAGACUAUAAGCACCUCUUAGUUUUAAUAAUGAAAUGUUGUAUCUUGUUUGUUUAAUACAGAGGCUAUGUACAAAAACCGAAAUGUAAAAAUGACAACAGUUGCCAGAAGUAUUUAUGCGGGGCAAAGAAAUAAUUACGCUCCCUAACUCCCAGUGAGACCACAACAUGGCAUUGUUACACACUGAUACGGAUAAACAAAUUGUUUCUCUUCCUCACACUGCCCAGCACAUACAGAUAGACACACAUGCUGCUAUUAACACAAACCAAAUACACUCAAGAAUCUGUGCACACAGACAUUUGUGUCUCAGGUUGCAAAAUAAAAAUUCCCCAUGGAUUUGCCUUUCCUACAUAUACAUGCAAAUGCGCCAUCUCAUUAGGGGCUGGACACUGUGUAUAGCCUGGAGCUCUGGCUGCGUCUCUGAACUUUGAGUCCGUCCUUGAUUGUCUGCCUCUCAAAUGGAGGAGGCUUCAGAGGAAAAGCUGUGAAAGAGGCAGCUCAAACUGAGAGAAAAAGACAACAUCACUUCACACAAGCUUUUGCACUUUGGAGACCAAAUUGCUCAUGACACACCCAGAAAAUUCCCUUUCCUCACAAUAUGGCUCUUCAUCUGCCAUCUCCCCUAGGUGGCAGCUGAUCAGUAACAAAAACAAACGGGGGUAAAGUGUUAAGGAACAACGUGUCAUCCUAUCAUCCUAUUUGAAAACUGUUCGUGCCAUGUUCUGCUAAAAAUACCCAAUAUCAUCCACCUUCUCUUCUCACCAGGAAUAAAUCUAUGUGGAAUGUGAAAUACAGAUUACAUUUUAACAGGCAGCACACACACACACAGAUAGAGCUGUUGUCAGCCAGGAUUUACAAAAUAAGACAAGUUGGGUUUUGCAGCCAGCCAGUGGUUGUCAUAUAAGACUAGGUGACUGUUGGUUGGAGCUGUUCUGAUGCUGUUCAUGUUAUUUACAUCACACACUCGCCUGUCAUGUCCUAUUCCCAGCAUGUCUCGUGUGAGUGUACAUAUGUCUUCAUUUUUGUGUGUGUGUGUGGCUGUGUGUGUGUAGCGGACUGUCUCCCUGAUGUUCCAUCAUCCCAAAUAAUCAUCCUACAGUCAUCCGUGAGAUGCGAUUUCCUUUAAACAAUAGCCGGCCAGCUCACCUCGCUGACCCCCCAACCUCUCAGGCUGCGCCGGAACAAACGCACACGUGUGCACGUGAACACACAUGUCUUCUGUGCUUGCAUUAACAGCAACACGAGCGCAUUUAAAUACACACACAGCCUCUCGUGGCUCAGCUUCCAUCGGGGCAGCGGUGAUGACACAGUCUCUUUAUGUUGCUGCUCAUUUAACCGUCUUCUGCAGACUUUAAUAACUGGGGCCAACUGCUUGUCAGUGCUGCUGUUCUAGCUCGACCUUAACUAUUGGAUACUGAGAAAGACACAAACGAAUACUAAUGAUUUCCCUGCCAAGAGAAGAAAGAGGAGCUAUUGUGAAUGCCCCAGACCUGUCUUUAAGAGAAAUUAUUGUAAUUUUGUUGAAACAAAGGAUGUGAAGAGUUUGGUUGGCCUACUUUGAGUGCCAGGGACAAUACAGCUGGUUCCUACCCUGUUAACCAAACACAAUCCUUCAUAGCAGUAGGCUGUCUGUUCAGAUUUGUGCUGUAUAGACUAGAACACAGACUCUACAUUAAGCUUGAAAUCUUUUUUGACAGUAAUGAUGUCCUGAUUCUGUCGCCUUUAUGGAGCCAAUCAUUCAGCACUGCGGUGUACGUCAGUCACCUGUCAAUCAAAUGCUGUGUCUUGUUUUUUUCUUGGAUUUUCUGUAAAGUUAUGAGAUGGAUGUAAGUGGUGCUUUUUCUUUGUCUGUUCAGCUCAAGGUCCACUUCAAUCCACCUUCUUUUUGUUGAAUUGGGUAAAUAGUCUACUGUACAUUGAAAUACUCAGAUCCCUUACUAAAGUAAAAUUGCCAUGAAAAUUUAACUCUCCAUUGCAGUAAGAGAAAGUAAAUGUCCUGUACUCAAAACUCUUAUUAAGUACAAGUACAGAUGUAUUAGCAGAACUUGUAGUAUUAAACCUAAAAGUGCUCUUUCUGGAGGAAAAUGGUCUCUGCGACCAAGUUAUUACAGUAUAUCACAUCAUUAGAUUGUUAAUAGUGAUGCUUCACAACACAUGUAGCGUCUUACCGUUGUCACAGAGGAGCUACUUUUAACUACUUUAUAUACAGUAGUGUAGUUUAUUCCAGUUGUUCUCAAUCUGUGGUCACAUGAUACAUCUGAGAGGCUGUGAGAUGAUUAAUGGGGUAUAUGAAAGAAGAAAAUGUACAUACAUAUAACGUGUAUAUGUAUGGGUACCCGUACACAUCUGAAACAAAACAAAGAGUCCAACUGGACACUGCUAACUGUUCAAAAAUGUAGUGGAGUAAAAUGUACAACAUUGCGUGCUGAAAUGUCGAAAUCUAAAGUUGCAUAAACAACUCAAGUAAAGUACAAAUGCGGCAAAAUUUUACUUAAGUACAGUAGUGAUUAAAUGUACUAGUUCCUUACCACAACUAGUAUUGUAGCAGAGUCUGUAUCAAAGCUGCUUUUUGAUCAGAAUCAUGUGUAUAUUACAAUGCAAGCUGAAUGGCAUCCUUCAUUACUGAAAACAGCAAAGCUGAGGUCCUAUUUGACUAUAUCUGGUUGAACCUAUAAAGAUCCAUUGAUUUCCAUUAAUCAAUUUCCACUGUCACACUGGUCUUACCAGUUGAACUGAUUUAGAGAUUGCCAUUAGCCACUUCCACAUACCAACAUCGCGAUAUGGGGAGGUGACUAAAAAAACAUGCAGCGGGUGUCCUUUCAUUCAUUGUGAACAGGUUUAAAAGCAUGUAACUGCUUUUGCAGAAGGAUGUGCCUCACUCAGAAACAGGACGAUAAAUUAGCUGCAUGUCUGGCUUUAUAUGGCUGCUCUGUGAAUUUGAUAUAGUUGCUCGUGUAAUUAAACAUUUCCAUUUAUAUAGAGGUAUAUGGUGCGUGUGACAUGUCUUUUUGCAUCUUGGCAAAAUGCUAUCACUCAAAACACUGAAUCAUCUUAGAGUAACUGUUCUCCAAAGUGUCUGAGGUGGAAGUGACGAACACAGCUGCAGAAAAUGGGAUAAACCUUGGAUUAUAACCUUAUAAAAUUAUUUAAAAUGUCAUCUUGACAUUUGAUUCUUUAAGCCCAGUGAAAUGGUUGAAGAUGUUCAGUAUCUUCAGGGUGUGUUGGUAGAUUGGAAGUCGUGGUGUGUGACAUGAAGUGUCAGUAGCUUAUCUCUGAAAGCGGGAAAUGAUUUCACUCUGGUGCUGAAGCUGUGACUCACUGCUAUGAUACAUGCUACACAUUCUUUUUAAAAUUAUAUUUACUAAGUCUAUACAUGUGAUUAUUUUUGAAUCACAAAAGCAUUUGAGUUACAUCAUACUGUUUUGCAUCAUGUAACCUAAUUGAAACCCCACAUUUUGUCUUUUUUGUGCAUAUCUGUUGAGGGAACACUUUGUGCUGAUUGAAUCACAGAAUUAGUGUUGAGAUGGCAGAAAAAGUCAGGACUUUCACGGCUGAGGUCCUAUCUGACUAAUUAUCACAGCAGCAUGACUAACCUCUAAUAAGAGUAGGCUGGUGUGAUGGACUCAAGUGAUCCCAGAGGAGAAUCUAACAUCCAGCAGUCAGCCAUAAUUCAGUCCUCCUAGUAAGAGGAGCAUCACUGCAGACAGGAGCUGCACUGCUCCAGAAACAUGCUUUCAAAGCCUAUCCUGGGAAAUUAUGGAUCAAACUAGUGUGUCAUCCCUCUGUUGCUUCAAUCAUGUGUGACCUCUCUGGCAGCACUUAAUGAGAUAGUCAGCGAGCUGAAGGGAGCAAUAUGCUGGGCUCUACAAAGAAGGAUCAUAUGGCACAUCAAGCAGCCAAGCACCAGCAACGAGACCCCUCCAUCAUAGAGUUAAUUCCACCUCUGCAGCAAAGUGAUGGAUGGCUGCUAGAGAUCAGAUUUUUCGAGGUCAACCAGUCAGCGGAUCGUCAGAAAAAAAGUUGUCAGUUAGGUAAUUUCAAGAAAAGCCCCAUUUUAAAUUAAGCGUCCUCGUGACGUGAGAGAGCCUCGGAAUCACUUUGUCGAUUGGAAGGCACGACAAGGAAGGAGGAGAGGUUGGACGUCUUCAUGUUGGAACGUGUCCCAUUGAUGGAACCGUACGCCUUUUAGCCGGAGUCACAGUUGCUUGCUCCUCUUCUAUACUGACUGUUCACGCUAUAUAUCCUCACAGAGAUGUUGUCUGCCAUUCGGUGCUGUCUUCUACCUGCUGUCAAGCUUUACCUGCUCGGUCUGAAGGUUCUGUUGGCUCAGUUGUUCAGCAGACAUUUCAGGUUGCCAGUGAUGCCCAGACAAGAUGGCAAGGUUGCCAUAGUGACAGGAGGAGGCAGGGGAAUCGGCUAUGAGGUAGUCCGCCACAUGGCCAGGCUGGGGGCAUAUGUUAUCAUAGCUGGGAGGGAUGAGCAGGAGGGUCUGGCAGCCGUCAGAAGGAUCUGUGAAGAGUACAAAGAGGCCAAAGUGGAGUUCAAUAUACUGGACCUAGCCUCUUUGCAGUCUGUCCGUCAGUUUGUCCAAAGCUUCAAGGAGCGGGACCUGCCGCUAAACAUCCUGGUAAAUAAUGCGGGCGUCAUGCUGGUUCCUGAGGGCCGUACUGAAGAUGGAUUUGAGCAGCACUUUGGGGUGAACUACUUAGGCCACUUCCUGUUGACCUGGCUACUCCUGGAUGCACUGAAGGAUUCUGGGAAAUGUGGUCACUUCUCUCGUGUGGUCAAUGUCUCCUCCUCUGCCCACUGCAUUGGCAAGAUCAGACUAAAUGAUUUAAAUAGCUGCCAGUGUUAUUCAGCCCAUGCUGCUUAUUGUCACAGUAAGCUGGCCCAGCUGUUAUUUAGCUCCCAUCUCCACCAGGAGCUGCAGCAUGGAGGUUCCCCAGUGAGUUCAUGUGCUGUGGAUCCUGGCAUGGUGGAUACAGCUCUGUACCGCCACCUCUGGAUGCCCCUCCGUCUGGCACACAGCACUGUUGCUCACCUCCUUUUGAGGACUCCUGCAGAGGGGGCUGCCACAGUGCUGUAUGCUGCCCUAUCACCGGCCCUGGAGGGGGAGUUUGGAGGAGGCUACUGGGCCAAUGGGUGCAGGGAGAUGACAACACCGCCGACCUUUGACCCCCAGCUUCAGCUGAGUCUAUGGGAGACCAGCCUCCAGUUACUAGGCCUGUAGUAGCAUCGGACUAAAGGACGACCAACAGGACUCCACCCUGAAGAAAAAAUCAGAUACAGACCCUGAACUCGGGCCAGCCAGCCAGCCAGCCACCUUCCUUCUCCUCCUCCCUUUUUUCUCAGUAUUUGUUCUGUUCAUACCUCACAUCGAGGUGUUUGUAGCGCUUUAUGUUGACAGUGUCACAAUCCACCGCUGGACUGUGAUUGGUUAUUUGGCAAGAAAAGACCUCCUUUUGGUUCCAGACCCGCCAAAAAAGGGCUACUGGUCAUGGAAGACAUUUUUUUUGUUUUUCACUGUGAGACAGCAAACAUACGUACGCGUACAAACACACUCUAGGGUUACAUUGAUACAUGAGUCUACUGUCAUAUAUGCUGGGCAGAUGCCGACAUCAGUUGACAAUUUUUCGAUCGUAGCUAACCUCAGAUGUCUAGCCAGAGAAAUCAUUUCACAGUGUUGUAUUCAAAAACCUGCUAUGGCACCUCCUCCACUCUGCCUUAAUGUCACUAGUCUGGCUUUCAAUAAAGAGUUUCACUGUCCACAGUAAACUAAAUGCUCUUUCAGAGGCUUUUCCAUACAAAUAUAAAAUUCAAGGUAUGGAAAUAGGCUGAAUUUUGGCACAGCAUACUGGCUGUAAAAUCACGUCGGUCAAACCCUAGCACAUGCUCUCUCUCUCUCACACACACACACACACGCACACACACACACACACAUUCAUGCACCAUGACAAUGAUCGGUCUCCAAAUCUGAACCCGCCUUGCUGUGGCGGGGGAAUGUGAUGUCAUGACUUUGCUUUGACACAUCACAGUGAUUUCCCAGCUUGUCUUGCCAUCCCGGCCGUUUUACUGGGAGCUCCUUGUUCUUUUGGUACGUUCUUGUGCUUUUGCUGGUUACUACUGUACUGAAUCCUCAUGUUAACUGCUGGUUGUAGUUGUAUGAUAAGCUGUGUUUAAAAAAAAAAAAAAAAAAAAAAAAAAAAAGGUGAAUUCUGCUGUUCUCAUGAAGAUGCUGGGAAAACGUUAUCAACUCCUCCAUCCUCCAUCUCUCUCUACCGCUCUAAAAUCCAACAAAAGACACUCCUUUGGACUGAUGUAGGGAUUUGGGAAGACACUGAAAAAAAGAAGAGAUCCCAUGUAAAAGUAGGGCCAAAUGUAGAGCGAUUCCCCUCUAUAGACUGGAGGGUGAUGGGACAUUUGUUUUCGUUCUGGGGAAUUUUCUUGCUGUUGACAUUUUCUGAAGCCAGGAUUUCCAGACGUUUCUGUUUGCUUUUGUCUGCUCAGAAACAAAAAGGGAAGGAUGGGGAACCAACCUCCUCUUCAAUCUGUCCCGGUUUUCCUUUGUGAUCUGUGUUAAUCGGUUUUACUGUGCCUGUGAUACGUGUGUGUGUGUGUGUGUGUGUGUGUGUGUGUGUGUGUGCGUGUGUGUGUGCGUGUGUGUGUGUGUGUGCUUUAUUACGCAUGAGUUAAGAAUUAACUCUUGCUAUAGACCCAAUUCAUGUUAAUGGAUAGCACAACAAUGGCCAGUCCAGGAGGAAGAGCGACGGACAGGAGAGAGAGGGAAAGCACUUUUUUUUUUCAGCAUUCAAUCUGUGAUUGGUUCCUCAUUGCUGCUGCUGCUGGUGGUGCUGCUUCCUCAUUUGGCGCUGCUCCCAGUGCAUUGUGGGAUUGAGAUUUCCCAGUGGUGAGAAUCAAACUCCAUCUGCUAAACUGACACACACUCACUCUCAAACAUUGGAAGCAGUACAUCCAGGCACAGGCUUAUCUAAACAAGCAUACAGCAAACAAACACGUCUGUCUCUCAUUCAGGAAAAUACUCUCAUACACGCACACAUACACACAGCCAUAACGCCAUCGCCACUGUGAUUAACCAUUUUAGCUGUGAAGAUUAAAAGUUUUAUCUCAAAUUGACAAGUUUUGGCUAAAAGUCCUUCCCCACAUGCUCUCCCAUAGCUGUAUGUGUAUAUUGUUGCUUUGAAUACUGCCACUGAGCAUCCAGCAUUCGUUAUUAUCUGCCGUAUGUGAAGCAAUAGUAUCACUGUGGUACUGUACCUAAUUCAGCCAGUAGCGCAGAGCCAGACAUUCAGACUAGGAAAAGAGUCCAAGACUGUGAAAGUGUAUAAAUGGAAAAGAAACCAGCUUCAGGUUACUCAUAUAUCAGGAAUUCUAAAUUUCUUUGUCUACAUGUAGACAUGGGUUAGACAUUGAAGACAUUAAUGUGCACUGUUUUAAAUAGUUGAAUUUAUUUAGCUGUAUUAAAAAAUAUAUAUAUAUGCCAGUUCAGGAGCUGGAUCCUCUGAAGGAUGCAGUCCACAUAAGUCUGGUCCUCAGAAGACCUGAAUUGGUCUUGACUGAAAGACCUUGGCUGAGGUGAGGCGUGUAUGUUUGUUUGGUUUUCAGGCACUUAAGUAUUAUCUAGCAAUCUAUAAGUCGGAACUUGGUAAUCAUGAUAUCAACUCUCAUAUGACGACAUAAAGGCAGAAUAACUCUAGGAAAACACAUUACAGCUUGGGUUGGCUGUGAUUGGCUUCCAUUAUAAAGUGACUGAAAUGUUUCCAAUCAGGCCCGUGUAUUUGAAGUGGAAAACAAAAAAAUUUGAUUGAGGGGAGCUGAUUCUACUCGACCAAUCAAGGAUCAGUGUGUUGAGGACUUUAAUUCGGUUAAAUAAAUUCAGUUCAGCCUUUAAUGUCACUGGAUUAUGUUGACAAAAUAUCGCAAUCCAGAACCUCACUGUAUUUGAAAAGGAAAUCCAGUUGGAAUAAAAUGGGAUGUUUGAAAUUCAACUUUAAAGCAAAGAUUUCCUGAAUUUGGUUUUUUUUUUUAUAGUGUAGCAGUUAAGUGGAAAAUGACUCUAAAUGCCAGCAAUACUCCUCAGUUUUCAAGUAUUUUUUUCUUCUACUUAGUGUUGGAAACAAAGUGUUAAUUGCCUCAGUGCUUCCUUGUUUGACUGUGUGGUUCCUCGAGGCUACUGUACUGACGAAACAACAGAACAACAGACAACUAAACCUGGUCCCAGUGAAACAAAUGUGCUCCCUUCACACAAAUGAAAACACCAGCUUACCACUCAGCAGCGCUCAUUUAAAAAAGGACAAGGCUACAGUAUGAGCUACAUCCUGUCUAAGAGCUAGCGUGUUUUUCACAGUCCAGCGGCUACAGUAGAUGUAUCAAAACCUGAGAGGGAGAACGUCUGAGCACAAGAUUUUCCAAAGAUGAGGUGAGGCGGAGUGUGGAGGUCUGUCUUGGUGUUCUUGUUGUGUCAGUGUGCAGAGGGGGCUGCUAAAUUAUCAAUGAUUACCUUGUUAUAUAUUUAGCAUACUCCUGAAGCGUUCUACACAGACAGGACAACACAGUGAACUUUCUGAACUUGAGUUGAAAGUAUAGAAAAAGAGCAAAAACAGCUCAAGUAACUGUCUGUGAUAUUGUCUGUAUGUGAUUUACUCGUAUAUGAUCAUUUUAAAGUGUUGUCACCGCUGGACGUGGACCAGUGGAGCUGUAUGUAGACUGAAAAUGCUCUAAUAGCCAUUAUUCUGACUGACCUGGGAUUACAUUUAUAUUAAAUGUUCUGGUCCCAAGUUCUGCAAAUCCUAAAUGUGUAUAUGUAUAGGAAGAGAUAAUAAAGAUGUAUACAGGGGGUAACCAGAUGAACUGAGUCUUUACUCUGGUGGCAGGACCAGCUCCAACACAUGCAGACAUUUUUCUGUCCUAUCACAUUUAGGCUAAUGCAUAUACCUGUAUAACAUUUUCUCAUUUGGUUUGAGUGAGACUUUUCACUUGAGUCCCUGCGGGCUGCAAAUAAAGGACGUUCCCACCUCAAAUCCAGUGUAAACAUUCAGUCCAUCUGGGCCCCUGAGGAUUCAUGAAACGUGCAAAAUGUUUUAUUUUUGUCAUUAUUUUGUUGUUGUAGGAAUACACAUUUUAUUGCUUUUGCUGUGCCUAUGAAGAAAAUCUCCCUCAUAUAUGUGUAACUGUGAAUUUUCCAUGUAGAAAUGAGCUUGUAGAAACUGUGAUACUGUCUUGUCCUGUGCAUUGCUGUAAGUUUUUUCUUCUCUUUGGAGUGAAGGGAAUGGAGAUGAGGAGUGUGGAUGCGUGUGUGUGUGUGUGCAUGUGUGCGUGUGUGUGCGCGUGUGUAUGUGUGUGUGUAUGUGUCUAGAUUAGGGAGUUCAUGUCCAUGUUUUUUGUCGAUGGUUGUGACAUUCCAGCAGCAGCCACCACCUUUUCUAUUAUCCAAAGCCUCUCAAUAAACAUAUCAUUGUGCCA